AUGUACUAUGGUAUUAUGGAUUUGGUCCAGGGUCGCUCGGAGCCAGGAGUGGUACCUUCAAUAGUGGGCUUUACGAAGGACUCUGUAGCCCAAGAGUCAGACAGACUCGCCCCAGGGGAUAGGAUUUGCAGCGUGAAUGGCAUAUCAACUGCAAGAUUGACAAACGAAGAAGUACUCCGACUCUUAGAUAAUGUCGAAGAAAGAGCGUCUUUGGAAGUUGAAUAUUACAUGCCCAAUUAUGGAUCAUUUAGUUCAAACUCUCUUUCAGCGUCUCAAAAUUCUUUGUAUAUUACAACCAAGCUAGCAGAAGUGCCUGUUGAAAAAAUAAAUGGCUCUUUAGGAGUAACUAUUCGCGGAGGCUUACCGGAAAAUUCAGCACCUAGUGCCGAUUUAGUACUGAAUAGCCGAUCAUUAGAUGCUUUGCCCUUGGUAGUAACACAUGUGAGGCCUGGAGGAGCAGCAUACAACACUUCCAGAAUAAAACCUGGCGAUAGAUUGUUGAAAGUCGAUCAUAUAUCACUAACAAACAAAACUUUAUCAGAAGUGCAUCAAAUUCUCCAAAACUGCCCUCAAGUGACGAGUCUUACUAUAGAAUACGAUGUAUCAAUCAUGGAAUCUGUGAAGAUGGCUACUGGUCCCUUAUUAAUUGAAAUCGAGAGACCGUGUAAUGAGGAUCUUGGGUUGUUCUUAAGCAAUCAGCGUUAUUCUGAUGAUGUAUAUAGUUCGGGAUCAGACACAUACCAAAGAGUAGGGAGUUGUAAUGCUAUCUAUAUAGAUAGUAUUCUACCAGCGAGUAUCAGCGAUAGAUGUGGCGCAUUACAUCCUGGAGAUCAGCUGUUAGCAUUCGACGACCACGUGAUAGAUGGAAAUAAUUACACAGCAGAAGAAGUUAUGUGUUAUCUAGAAAACUGUGAAGCUGGGUUUACGAGGUUACAUGUCGCACCAAGACACAUUUUAGCUCAUGGGGGACGUUUUACACGAGAAAACUCAAUGUCAGGUGCUUCGACGCUGAACGCUAAAAAACAAAGACAAAGAAACUAUAGACAGAGUUCGAUGCCAAAACUGGGUUUACAAGAUGAUUAUGAUGGACAACAAAAUUACAUGAGCAUGGGCGUAUGUAGGACAGAAUCACUGAAUAUACAACUCGAAGUGCCUCCAGGACAAACUAGCGGGCUGGCUGUUCACGAUGAAAAUGCUGCAUUGAUUAUUUCCCAUGUGGCGACACAAUCCCCUGCCUAUAGAUCCGGUUGCCUACAAAUUAGAGAUAGAGUGAUGUCAAUCAACGGUCACGAAAAUUUGACAUCAGAUGUGGCUAACGAAAUUUUACAAAGGCGAAACGACUCUCAUAACCCAAAAUAUUUGACUCUAAACGUGGAAUUUAGUAUGCCCAACACAAUAGAAGCGUCUAGUGGAGUGUUUAAUGUGAAACUUGCCAAAACCUCAGCUGGUCUCGGUGUUACUAUUACAGGAUGCAAACAAAAACUUCUCAGCAACGAAGAGCCAAUGGUCAUAUCAGAUAUAAAGCCGGGUUCAGUAGCACAUAGGAGUGGAGCUCUCGCGCCUGGAGACCACCUUCUGGCUAUAAAUGGGCAACCAUUGCAUAAUUUAUCUUUAGAUACAGCGUUCAAUAUACUUCAAAACUCUCCGGAAGAUAUCAUAACUUUGAAAAUCCGGAAACGUGACUUGACAGAGGACUGGUCUGUUCACAAACAUAAUGCAAAAUUGACGUUGCAGAGCUUUAGUAAUAUAGAAACUAAGGCUGUAGUGCACAGUGGAGAGGACUCGGGUCACCAUACAGAAAGCCCAAAUAACAGUGCAAAAGAAAGCGAAGUCCAUAGUGAUAAUGGUAACACUGCAGUUUUUAUGGUGGAAAUAAUAAGGCAGGAAAAUGGGCCUUUAGGUUUGACGAUCGCUGGCAGUGAAGAUGUAACACAGCCUAUUCUAUUAAGUGGACUCGUUGAAGGCGGGCUCUCUGAGAAAUGCGGUAAAUUGGCUAUAGGCGAUGAAUUACUCAGUAUUAAUGGUGAAAGUGUAUUAAAUAAGCCCCUUUCUGAAGCAAUAAAGUUAUUACAACAAAGUGGACAACGAGUUCAGUUGCAACUCUGUAGAAAAGUAACUG